CCACACAGCAGGAUUUUCUUCUCACUCUCUAAAACCCCAUCCCAGAAAGCAACCAACCAUGGAAAACGACGAGUUAGUCUGCGAGGCAGCUCGAAACGGCGACGUUGGAAAGCUCAAGACAUUAAUUGACUCUGGAGCUGACGUCAGCUGCUUCGAUAAAGAUGGCCUUACUCCCCUGAUGCACGCCGCCAAGCACGGCCAUGCUGAGGCUGUUAAGUCCCUCCUCGAAGCCGGCGCCCCCUGGAAUGCUCUCUCCCCAUCUAACCUCUCCGCCGGCGACUUCGCAAUGGAUGCCGGCCACCAGGACGCCUUCGACCUCCUCCUUAACGCCGGGAUACAAGCUGAGCUGGUGCUAGGAACAAUUGCUAGGAAAGGAAGUGAAAAUGGGGGAUCCAAUGUUGAUUACUUGGAAGAUAGAGUGAAUUUUAGUGAGGACAAGUUGAUGGAUACGGAAGAUAAAGCAGUAAUGAUGGCAUGGGAAAAGCCAUUGAUGGAGGCUCAUGCAAAAGCUGUUUGCUCUGGAGGUGGACACAUUUUGAACAUUGGAUUUGGGAUGGGCCUUGUUGACACUGCUAUACAACAGUACAAUCCCACGAGUCAUACCAUUGUUGAAGCUCAUCCAGGGGUGUAUAAGCGUAUGAUUGACUCUGGGUGGGGUGAUAAGGAGAAUGUGAAGAUCAUUUAUGGUCGGUGGCAAGAUGUCCUUGAUCAGCUUGGAUCUUAUGAUGGGAUAUUCUUUGACACCUAUGGGGAAUAUUAUGAAGAUAUGAGAGAGUUUCAUCAACAUCUUCCUACACUUUUGAAGCCUGGAGGCAUAUAUUCAUUCUUCAAUGGCCUCUGCGGAAGCAAUCCUUUCUUUCAUGUUGUUUACUGUCAGUUGGUCUCUUUAGAACUCGAGAGUCUGGGUUAUUCAACGCAGCUGAUACCAUUACCUGUAAAGGACUGCUUGGGUGAAAAAAUUUGGGAGGGUGUGAAACAUAGAUAUUGGCAGUUAGAUACAUACUAUCUCGCUGUUUGUCAAGCUGUGGAGGAUUCUGAGUGAUACUUUACUGUAAUAGCUUUAGAAAAUCUUCAAAAAAAAAAAAAAAAGAGAUUAGUAUGCAUUAUUGCACUUGAUUAGAAAUAUCUGAAUGUUAGACUGCUGGAAUAACCUUAACGACUCUUGCACUUUGUGUGCCUUUCGUAUUCUAAUGACCAUUGUAGUCCUGCCUUGAAGAA